AUGCCUGUACAAGGAACUCCCUUCGUCAAUGAAUAUUUGAAUGCUAACAACGAGUCUCCUUACCAUGUGAUAACCAAGAACGGAUUUACCAAAGACUGCCAGUUAAUGAAAAAAGUCGUGUUAAUUUUGAUAGAUAAAAACUUCACAGCUAGUUUAAGAGACAAUGGACACUGUUUACCGAUAUAUUACUUGGAGGAACAUCAGUUUGACGAAUUAUACGAAGAUCUACGGAAAAUAACUAGGAGCUCAGAAAGUGGUUCAAGGGAUGAUCUUCUUAAACAAGUUAAAAAGGAAUUAUCACAGAAAGACUACACUGCCGCCUUACGAUCGUGUAAUAGUGCGCUUAUGACAUUUGACCCAAAUGAGAUGCAAGGAAUUAACAAAGAAGUAUCCAGUUUGAUGAGAAAUAUAUCAGAAUGUCAUUUGAAUCUUGGGGAUGUGCAAGCUGCUUUAAAGACUGCAAAUGAUAGUGUAAAGUUUAAUCCAACUUGUGAUAAAGCGUAUUGUAUGCUUGGUGAUGUUUUAUUUUCCGGCAAAAACUAUCAACCUGCCAUACAUACGUAUACAAACGCACUCGUGAUUCAUACCAACGGUCUUACUUUUCCAACUACAAAUAUAUCAAGGAUGGUAGAAAUCUUAAAGAAAAUUUGUCUUGUUUUUCUACGCUUAAACAAUAAAGAUGCGUCGAAAAACAUACAAGCAUUGAUUCCGUUUCCAGUUGGAUUCGACAUAUGGGUUUGGGUCUUGCAUAGUUUUAUAUUGGAAAGAGAACUGGAAGCAGCGAAAUACAUCGCAAAUUUCAUGCGGACUAUAAAUGUUGUUUAUGUAGAGCUUGAUUUUGACCUUGAACCGCUCUGUGGUAUUGAACUCCUGGCAAAGUUUCCUGAAUGUAUGUUUUUCAUUGCUUACCUAAUAAUCUGUGGCUGUAAAUAUACCAGUUUAUCGACACAGCAAGGCGACACUUUUAUCAACGCAGCUGUUAGAAUGACUUGUCUCACUGGUAUUCCAAACGUGCUAAAAGGCGUAUGUCAUCACUUACAAACUGGAGAAAAUAGCAGUAUUACAGACUGUAAAGGAAAUUCUGGUCUCCAUAUUGCAGCUGCUCAAAAAAUAGAAAAAACUAAAAUAGGACGACAUGAGGUUAUCGAAAUUCUGAUAACAACUAAUAUAAACCCUUCUCUUGAAAAUAAGGAUGGAAAGCUCGCUAUUGACCUUCUUCCUAAAGACGACAAAAGAUCAAGGAAAGUCCUUGAGAAGCAUAUGACGAAAAUGAUUGCUUUUGAAGACAAACCAGAACAUCAUGGUAGAGCAAAUUCACCAGCAACACAAUUAAAGUCAGCUGCAGCAUUAAAUAAAAAACAGCAAACAGAAAAUCAAAUCCAGAAACGCGAAGAACAAAAUAAUGAGAUUGAAGAUAAAUGCAAACCAUGUCAGGACACGUUUAAUAAAUGCAAAAACAUAAUCUUAGAAGAUCCAUCACUCGCAUUCAAAGAUCUGAUAAGACUAAUUAGGUCUAAACAUAGAUCUCCUAGGCACAAGCAAAUAGAAAAGGAAUCAGUUUUAAUGAUUUCUGACUUUCUUGCUGAAUCAUCAGAUUUUGAAAUUCCUGAAGAAUUAUGCAAAAUUGCCCAAAAACAAUUUGAGAAGAUAUUGGAUACUUUAAUACAGCAAGAAAAAUGGAUGCAAUCAUACCAAUUGGUAACAACACAUAACAGAGUGCAUGGCAUACAGAGUCUUCCCGGAUUUGCAUUUACAAUACAAAUUGAACAAUUAAUUGCUCACCUAGAUAAAGAAUUUCCAAAUGAACAGUAUUCAAACUUAACUGAGAAGUUAGUAGACUGUUUUCUCCGGAAUGGUGGAAGAGUAGACCGAGGUGGUCAUAUUUGUAUAACAAAUGCUGUUGAAAGACAGUGGUAUAACUUGCUCAAUACACUAAUCUGUCACCAUCAUUGCGAUCCUCAAUACUUAAAUCUGGAAUCCUGCACUACUCCUAUUCAUUCUGCAUUAUUUCUUGGAUUGCAUAAAGAUCCAGGAAACUUCUCUGUUUUCCAUAAAUGUCUGGAAUUGUAUGCCAAAAAUCCGGAUAAAUAUGCAAGGUUGGAUCCAAAGCAGUUAGACAUAAAUGAAAACACGCUUUUUCAUUUAGUUGCUAAAGAAACAUAUAACACCAAAUUGAAGCAAGUGGCUGUAAUAUUACAACAAAAACGUGUCCCAUGUAAAGUACAGAACAAAGAUGGGAAAUUACCUCUCGAUUAUCUUAAAGCGAGCGAUCCUCGAUACAAAAUCCUCCAGAAAGCAGUUGAAUACGACACAAGUCAGAUGAAAACUGCUGAAAAACAAAAAAAGACAACUGAUGAACCUACAAUUCCUAAGCCAAUCGUAGAGAAAAGACAAGACCCAUCCGUUUUAAACAUGGAACGUAUUAAAGAUAAACCGAAGCAAUAUGAUAAAAGUAUUGACAGCAAACCCAAAAUACAACCAAAAAUAACAAAUGAAUCAUAUCUUUUACAAAUUCGAAAACUAAUAGAUUCGAUUGGUCCAAAACAAUCCAUAUUCGAUCAUUCAAGUGGGGAUCUGUGCAAAGAAAUAAAUGUUGAAAAAAUACCUGUAGACAGUGAAGAUGUUGAUGAAUCAGAUAUUGACCAGAUGGAGUUGGGAAUCUGGCACGGGAGCUUAGAGGGAAAACAAUGGGAAGUUGAAUGCACUUCUGGUGUUUUAAAAAGUCUACAAAGUAAUCGAAUUAAAACAAUGUAUAAGGAAAGAAUAGUAAAGAUUAUCAACGCCCUGGCUUCUGGGAUUUACUCAAAAAGUUGCUUUAAACCGUUAGUGACGGGUUCUGAUAAAAUAAAACUUUUUGAAUCAAAAAUUUCAUCUGCAAGUAGACUUAUAUGGGAGGUAGGUAAACAAUUUUCACCUCGACUAACAAUGCGAUGUGAACAACAAGUGAAUGUGUACACAGAUAUUAUUAGAAUUUGGGAAGUUGUAAUGGAACAUAAAAACAUCCAUCAAGCCGUGGAAAAAAUUGUUAGUUCAAUUGAGAAAUCUCAUGAAAAAGGAGCAUCUUGUCUGAUUCAGAAAAAACUUUGUGGUAUGAAGGCAGGAAAUAUUGAUUUAAGUACACAACAGAACAACCAAAACGAUAAUCGCAAGUUGAAAACGCCAAACAUUUAUGUCGAAUUAGAUGAAGGCAAGGAGAACAAGGCUGAAGAAAUAUCUUUUUUCCCACCUGCAAGUUCGAAAGAGACAGAAUACAGUACUAUCAAGUUCUAUACAUUUUCUUCCAAUGUUGCAUUGAACAUUUUGCACCGGAUGAAAGGAGAGUUCCCUUUUCGUGUCACAGAUGUUGAAUACCAGAUAACGAACCUACCAUUUGACGCUCCAAUUGUUUUAAUUGGUCGCAGUGGGACAGGAAAAACAACGUGUUGUGUUUAUCGCCUUUGGUACAGGUUUCAACAGUAUUGGUGGUCGACGAUUAUUGACGAGCCGACAUCGGAAGAAGUUCAAAGCGAAAAUACAGACGAUCAGGAUAAGGAAGAUAUAAGAGAUACGUGUUUGCCUAAUACACAGGAAUCAGUCAAUGAGAACGUCGAAGAUGAAAGCUUACAUGCACAAAUUCGUGAAACGAAUGGACAGGGCAGUGGAGCUUGCUGUGACAAAAGUUCCUUAGGUUGCAAUGAAGACGAAAAUAAUCAUUUCAAUACUGAAAAAAAAGACGUCAAAGAUGAAAUGAGAUGUGAUGAAAAUGUUGAUGAAUUACGCCAAAUAUUCAUAACAAAAAAUGGUGUGCUAUGCAGGGAAGUCCAGAAAAUGUUUAAAAGUUUCAUCGAUGGCGAUGAAAAGACAUCAAGACUGUUUAAAACGAAAGAUGAAGAUUUACCAAAUCGUUUCCAGGAUAUAAACAAAAUGCAGUACCCAGUGUUUAUUACCGCUAAACAUUUUUGGUUAAUGCUUGAUGCUACCUUAGGACCUCCAUACUAUUUUGAAAGACAUAUUGACGGGAGUUCAAAGUCCGAAAUAGAAGGAUGGACGGAUAUUGAUGAUAUGCAAACAAUUUUAGAUGAUGAAUUUGAUAGCGAGUAUAGUGAUGAAAGUGAAAGUGACGAAGAGGAGGAAUUCGAAGUGGUGAAUCAAAAUAUAACUCUCAUUGAAAACAAAAGAACACGUAUGAAGAAAGUUGAUCCGAGACGUGAAGUGACUUACGAGGUAUUUGAAGGCGUUAUUUGGCCUCGCAUUAUCGGAAAGUUUAAAAAGCAUAAAGGGAAAUAUCAUCCUUCAUUAGUCUGGACCGAAAUUAUGUCUAUUAUCAAAGGGUCUUAUGAAGCAAUCUAUGGCGGAAGAUAUUUGGAUAAGAAUAGCUAUUUUGAAAUAGGAAAGAAGCAAGCCCCAGCUUUCGUCGAUGAAAGGGAAAUACUUUACACUUUUUUUCUUGAGUAUGAACAUAUUCGACAAAACAGACAUAUGUUCGAUCAAACAGAUCUAGUCCAAAAUUUGUAUCAAAGAUUUCGCAAGCAGAAAAUUCCAAAAUGGAAAGUGAAAGAAAUAUACGUUGAUGAAGCACAGGACUUUGCACAGGCUGAACUGUUUCUGCUUAUCAAACUUUGUGAAAGUCCGCAUGGCAUGUUUGUAACUGGUGACACAGCUCAAAGUAUCAUGAAAGGAAUAGCAUUCCGGUUUAAAGAUCUAAUCAGUCUUUUCCAUUACGCCAGUAAGGACUCAUCAGUUAAAACUGUCGGCGUUUCUGUUCAACCAGACCAUAUCUACGAGCUUCCUCACAAUUAUAGGUCACAUUCAGGAAUUACAGCUUUGGCCACUAGCGUACUUGAUAUUCUAAAAGACUUGUUUCCCGAUUCCUUUGACAGUCUUCCAAGUGAUCAAUGUCUAUUUAAAGGACCAAAACCAGUUCUCCUCGAAACUGUUUCCUCUGAUCAGCUUAGUCUCAUCUUGUGUGAAAAUUUGAGAGAAACCUCGAAAAUUGAAUUUGGUGCACAUCAAGCGAUUUUAGUGGUUAAUGACAAAGCACGUGACAAUAUUCCAGAUGAAAUGAAAAGUGGACUUAUUCUUACAUUAUACGAAGCAAAAGGAUUGGAAUUUGAUGAUGUUUUGCUUUAUAAUAUAUUUACUGAUUCAGAGGCUACAAAAGAAUGGAGAGUUGUAUUAUCGUUUCUCGAAAAGCUUGCAAAGAAAGACUCAAAGAAUGAAUCAAAAAUACCUUUGCAAGUGUCAGCAGAUUUACGACCUUUGCCGUUCAAUCCGAAACAACACAAAGUAUUAAGUUCUGAAUUAAAGCAGCUGUAUACAGCAAUUACAAGAGCCAGGCAAAAUGUUUGGAUAUUUGACGAAGAUAAAGAACAAAGGAAGCCAAUAUUCGAGUACUUUCAGGCUUUACAUCUGGUUGAACUUGUUGCAGUAGAUAAGGAAGUUAAAUCUUUUACAAGAAAGUCUACACCAAGGGAAUGGGUUGAUAAAGGAGAGGAAUUUAUGAAAUUGAAGAUGUAUACUCAGGCUGUAAAAUGCUUUAAUACUGCAGGCGAUUCAAGAAUGGAAGACAUAGCACAUGCCUAUCAACAUUACAAAAUUGCUAGCACUCUACAUCAAAAUAGUCCCCAAUGGAAAGAGGAACUUCUUUUGGCAACUUUGAAAUUUUUAGACGCAAAAAAAAUCAAGGAGGCUGCAAAAUGUCUAGAAACAGCAAAACAAUUUGAUCUGGCUGCUGAACUAUAUGAGAAAAGAGAACAGUUUGAAAAAGCCGCUGAAAUGUAUAGAAGAUCAAAGAAACCCCUAGAAAGUUGUAAAUAUUACGAACGUGCUGGACGUUACGAAAAAUCCAUUGAUGUACAUCUUGAAAACAAACAGUUUGAAGAAGCUAUUCAUUCACUACACAGAUAUCAGGAAAACCCGAACCCAGAAAAAACAAAAGUACGGGAUAAUCAAACUGAAGACCAAAUAAAUAGGAAUGCUGCUGAGUAUUAUCAUACACAUAAAAACCGUGACGAAAUGGAAAAAGCUUUGAAUAGAAUUCAUGAUAUUCCUUGCAGAGUUAUGUUCCUGGAAAAAAAAUUCGAUGGUGAAAAUGAUUAUAUUAAGCUUGCAGCAUCUAUUUUAUUGGAAAAUGGACAGACAAGAAAAGCGGCCAGUCUAUAUGUUGACUACGGUUAUGCACAAGAAGCACGUCCGUUGUUUCGAAAAGACAAAGAAACAUAUAUGAUAGGCAUAUGUUCAUAUUUAGAUUCUCUCAAACAAAUCACCAUUAGAGCUGAUGGUAGUGCUAUAUGUUCUUACAGUACGAAUACGAAGGAGAUGACUAAACAGUUAGAAGAAGCAAUUUUUUACUUCAAUAAAUGCCGAAACAAGUACAGGGAUCGGAAAUGCAAUUACGGAGAGGUAACUGACGAGAUCGGGAAAUCGAACUUGCUUCUUGGAAGGCUAAAUGGCCAGCAAAAAUUUAUUGGAACUGCAUUCAAUUGCUUUGUGAAACGAAAACCGCAUACAAAUGAAGUAGGAAAAUUAGAGUGUCUUAGUUGGAUGGUCAAUAAUUCCAACCUGAAAAUAGACGCAAACUUAUCAAAAAUUGUGAUAGGCAUGGAAAACUUGUUUAAAACCUUUCUCAUUUUAGUCCCAUUAUCAAAACUAUCAACAAGAUUUACGGAGCCAAAAAAGGAACAGUUUUUGAGGGAUAAUGGUGUAAAACUUGAAAUUGGCAACCAUUAUUACAAUCCUAUCCACAAACCGCGUAUACUUGAAGUUCUGGCAAAGGUUCACGAUCCAGUAACUCUCAAAACUGUUAAAACAGUUGUCGAUGAUGUACCUGCUAUUUAUAAACUGAUUGUUGAAGACCUUUUAACAAAAACUAAAUUAUGGUUAUAUAAAAUAAUAAAAUCAAUUGAGGAGGAACGACAAAAACUGUCUAAACCGACUAUAAAAUCGCAAAACUUUAAAGAUAGGUCUCUGAGAGUCAUUAAAACAAAAGUUCCUUUCACUCAUAGUGAAGUUUUGCAGCUCAUUCGUUUGGACAUGCACAAUGUUAAACUGGAACAAAUUUUAAACGAGUGUAAUACAAAGCUAGGUCUAAACAGGGAGCAAAACCUUCUUUUGAAUCAGUCCGAACAAAGAAGUUUUCAGUUUUUCAAAUGCAGAAGACUAAUGGAAGAUUUGAUACUUACUGUACCGCAUAUCAGUAAUACAAAACCAGACGUGUUCGAAAUCUUGAUUGGUGUACGGUCCCAAAUGGAAAUUUACUUUGAAUCGGAAUUGGCAUCUUCUAAAAAGAUAGAAACAAGUGUAGCUCGAUUUUUCGAAUUCAUUUUCUUCAAAAAGAUCUUAGGUCUGCAACAGAAGGUGAACGACAGUCUGACAAAUCUCGAGUUUACAGUCUUACAAGAGAGAAAGAAAAAUAUGUUAGGUCGACAGAAAGCGUAUUGCUGUGGCUUCAUCUCAAAAAUAAAUAUACAAAAUCCAUUUGCGUUAUUCGUUGUUCGUUCUUUCAAAGAAAGUAUUGAUUAUUUAAAGUUGUACCACAAUCCAUACAAAGCCUUGAAACGGUUUAGCAUAUUUAUUGAGAGGAUGAAUAAACAACAAACAGAGGAAACAAUACCAGAAUUGACUUUACUUAUAAUUUGGGUCAAGUAUUUCACUUCAAUUGGUCUCAGUAUGCAAUCGAAAUUUUGCGGAAUGCAGAAGUCUGGAAAGAAAUGUCAUUUUGUUAUUCCGUCGUCAUAUAUCACAACUUCAAAAUUCGUCGAGCGAUGCAUGUUUUAUUCAAACGCAUGGACAACUGACGCAAUGAUUUGCUCAAGCAAAGAAGCGUCAAUUAGUGACGAUAUACCAGAUUUUUUAGAAAAAAAUAUCGAGAUAUUGGCCGGAAUUAGAGGAAAUAUCAAUAUCAUAAGUAUAAUUUUUCGACGUCUUAAUGAAUAUCUGCACUUACAGGAGUCGUCAGGACAAAUAACGAGAGAAGAUGAAGCUCUGUCCUCAAUUAUUGAUAUGGCAGAAGAUGUUAUAUUAUUGAGUAUGGUAUACGUCAUAAAUAUGGGCGAAGGCAUGUCAUACAAACUGGAGCCAUUUCUUUUUAAGGAAUUUGCGGUUUUAGAAAAUAGCGAAAGAUAUCCCAGAUAUAUUUAUGAAGCUAUACAUGGAAUACAGACUUCCUCUGGCAUAGCAGAUAUCUGCAUUUGUGUAAACAAUUUGUUAAAGCAAAAAGGGGAUAGCUUGAUAAAAUGUGCAUGGGAUAAUCAGAAGAAGCAUAUUUCAAAAGAACAAAUUGAGUCGGUAUUCAAUACUCGAUAUAGUUUUUUCCUUCCACAAACACUACGAAUACUAUCAGAUCCCACCUCUUAUGCUCAAGAGACAAACGAAGAGAUCCAAACAAUACAACAAGAAAUUGAAAUCGACGAUGAAGAAAUAAGAACCGUUCGUGAAGAACAAGUGACAGUUGAAAAGAAAAAAAUAGAAAAUUUCAUAUUGCAAACUUUGACGGUUAAGGAAAACCUACAAUCCAAAGUAUCCAUUGGGAACGACGAAUGUUUAAAUGAUCCCUUGUUUUCUGGCCUACUUGUCAAUGAAGGAGGCUGUGACGUUUGUGGCUGUUCUUUUGGAGGUAUUGGUGACGAUGAGGAACAAGACGAUGCUGGAAUAACCACAAAUCAUCAGCAUGACCAUGAAAGACCUUCACCAUCAACAGUUUCAAUGAAAUUGAAAUCUAUAGCAAGGUCUCUGUCGUCUACAUCGACGGAAAAUUUUCCAACAGCAACAUCAUCAAACACUCAAUCUAUCAUACAGAAUGAACAAAUUAUUAAUGCCCCUUCUAUUCAUUCCGGGGGAUAUUUGUCACAGAGAUCGGUUUCUUUGGAGUCAGAUGAUAAUCGAGAUUUUGUAAGGUCUUUGUCAUCGACCUCUGAUGACCAAGCACGAUUGACAAUGCAAGCAUUUGAAGAGCACACAUCAUCCCUUUCUCAUAAAACAAAAAUGAAAGAGGUUCAGAUAUUUUAUGAAGAUUAUAAGAAGUAUAUUAAACCUGGUUUAGAAAAAGUUCGACAAUUUAUAACAAAAUACGAAUUAUCCGGCGAUAUAAGUGAAAGGUAUGGGGAAGAUGAAAUAAGAAUAAGCCAACUGCUAUCACGUUUUGAGGAUUGUAAUGCAGAUUUAGCUGAAAUGAUUAAAUCAAAACAAUGGAAGACAUUAAAAGAUGUGGAGAAAAAGUUGCAUCAACUUGUAGAGCUUAAAUUGAAAUUGAGAGAUAGCGUCAAAGAAUUAUCCAGUGUAAAGCUUAAGACCGACAUUGCAGAACCACACAACGAUAUAGAUGAACUAGAAUACAAACCACAGAAAGAAAAGAACAAACACAAAACUAAAGGGAGAAGAAAGAAUAAUUGGCGCAAAAUUAAUGUGAAUCUUGUUGAUUAGAACUCUACAAGGUCAUAUACAAAUAGGACCGUUCAAACCGUCAAAUAAACUUUAUCUAAAGAAUAAAUCAUGCACACAGAUCCUGGCUACGCAACAUUUUCAAAAUUGUAGAUACUAGUUUAUAUCUUUACAUUACCAUUACAUAAUUUUCAAGAAAUGUGAUGUGAUAUGAGACUUGUCGAAGGCCGUAUGGUUGCGUAUUGUUUCUUACAUCCACUAGAUUUGCACUUUGGUGGAUGGUUGUAUCAUUGGCAAUCAUACCACGUCCCCUUUAUUUUUAUAUUUAUAAAUGGUAAGUCAUUAAGUACUGUUUUAUAAUUUUCUGGUCUGUGCGUCCGUUCUUCCGUCCGCUCGUUCGUCCGUUAAUAAGCUGUGCAUAGCUAAAUACAUGGAAUAUUCCAGAGGAUAAUUAGGAUUAUACCUAUUUCAAAAUCCUGCAUUUUGCUGCUUAAUUAUUUUAAAAGUUUUAUUUUCUUUUACCUUCAAUAUUUAGUUUCUUUAACACUUGAUCCUGGUACAAAUAAGUUUAGCUUGUCAAAGGUCUCAUUUUUGAUUACGCAUCAUUUAGAAAAUAGAAAAAAGUCCUGAAAAUACUCCAAGAGCUAUAUAAACCAACAAAAACAAACCAUAUUAAGUUUAUUUUAUAACCGGAUGUAAUGAUCAUUUUUUUUUGUUAAAUGAACAUUAAUUAUCAGUUGUAUAAGUAUUUCAAAUGUUAUAGGUAAAUCAUGGCUAUCGAAAAUUAGACAGCAAAAACAAAGUUACCCACUCAAUCCGUUUUAAACUAUGUGCACCACAUAUUCACUUUAAAUUUAUGUGUCCGAUAUGUAUGACAGUUUUUACCCAAAUUACAGUCAGUGAAGAAUAGAAAAUUUCAGAAUAUACACAUUCCCUUAUAAAAUCAAUCUUUUCCAUUUGGUUUGAUCCUGAUAAUUGGCACACGUGUUAAAUUUAUACUUUAAGGUCCAUUUUCUUAUUUCACGUUCAAUUUUAAAUAUGUAAUUACCUUGACGUUCGGUUGAUCAAAGUUUGAGACCAAUUAAUAUUCAUAAAAUAAAGUACACACAUACAUUUGUAUUGUAGUUAUUUAAAUUUUGAGAAUUUUAGGUUUAAAAUAGUUAUGCUCUCACCCUUCCGGAGCACCUAAGAUCACCCCUAAUUUUUGGUGGGGUUCGUGUUGUUUAUUCUUUGGUUUUCUAUGUUGUGUCAUGUGUACUAUUGUUUG